GUGGAGGCUUGGGAUCAAGUUAUGAUAGGGGUCUGAAUCUCUGACGUCAUAUCGGUUUUGCGUAAAAGCUUAUGAUAGCGCUUCCAUUUUCGUUUCACCUCGUGCGGAAGUGUGCCAUUUCUACUCGUUCAUUCACUGCUUUACAUCGCUGUAAAUAAGCUGUUUCUUUCAGUAUAUUCAGCUGGGAGCCGGAUGUUAAUCGAUCAAGCAAGCAACCGGCUGAUUGACUAAGAGCUUGGUAUCUGAAUUUUAUCACCAAGAUAUCAAUCUGAGUGAUACGCGCCAAUUUUACCAUGGAAUGGUCUUGGGAAGACUUCUUGUUGCCUUUGCGUAAUGGUGAUCUGACGUGUCACCCUUCUCCCAGAAGUGUGACAUUUACACCCCAGUUCUUAUCGUCUUAUUCGCUCGUACGGAGAUUCUCGAGAGAUCUGCAAAGACAAGAUUUGCAGAAGACGGAAGAGAAAAGGAUUGCCGUUGCUUCUGCCGAAGCUACCCUUAGGAGUUUGUUUCAGUUUGGUCGAGUAGAUCUUAAAGAACUGAGAAGAAAAUGGAAAACUUAUCAAAGAGCCUUGAAUAGCAAGUCUGACCGUGACAGUUCAGGUUCGGCUUGGACGAUUGAAAUCCUGCAAAAAUACAUUCAACGUAGCGACAUUGUCUGUUUUCAACCUUGCCCAUCGCUCUUUGCAGUGCAAGAAGCGCAAUACAUCAGGGAUAAAGUUGCACUGUCACUGGCAGCCCUUUGUGGCAAUCAGGGUAACGGAAUCGACGAAAACCUUCUACUGUUUCAUGGUAUGCGCGACAGCACGGAAGGGGACUCAAGAAUGAUUCUCGAGGCAAUCUUACAGCCACUUUGUGCCGCUAAGGGACUUGCACUUCGAUGUGAGCAAAGCCUAACUUGCAAUGAUCUUCCCGAUAACAGAUUUGAUUACAUCAUGUACUACAAUAACCAACCGCUUGGUUUUGUCGAAGCUAAAAGUCAACAUUGCAUUAAAGAUCAGUCCGUGGUGCAGCUAAUCGUUCAACUCCUGCUUCUUUCUGCUGAGGACUCGCAUGGUUUCCGAUUUGGUGUUUUGUCUGACGCACGCCGUUUUAUUUUGGCUGGGGUUUCGCAAAACAAAGUGGUUUUCUUUCAAAAAGACAUUCAUCCAAUCAGAAUAAGAUAUAUGGAAUCUGAAGCAGAUCUGCUUUCCAUAGCAAAUGAGAUAGCAUGGUUGAUUGACCUCGCAGUUUACUCGAGGCAAACAAACCGUUCAAUCGAAGAAUGUCUCAGUCAAGUUAACGAUGUUUGCUAUGAAGUUCAAGGUGAAUUCUUUUUUCCAUUUUGUUCCAUACUGUAGCCGUAGGAACAGCGAGAUUAACGGUGAUAAACAGAUUGCGAGUGAAACAUUUAGGAGUCAGUGGCAGAGGAUCAGGUUGAAAGGUCUGACGAAGUAUACUAUUAUAAUGACGGAAGCUUACCAGGGAGGUAUAAAACAUUAGCGAGGCCUUCAAAACCUCCCCGUUGUGAUAGAAAAGCUGUGCUUUUAUUUUAUUUUAUUUUAUUUUUAUUUUAUUGGCGCUAAUGCAAUGUAAUACCGAUACCAACAACACAGAAAGAUGUGACUUUCUACACAUUGACGAAGCUUUAAAACUUAGACAUCGCAGACCUUUUCUUUUGAGCUAUUCACUCGGUAAAGUGAACUCUUUACCUUUAAACACUUCCACAUAAAGAUUAAAUACUUGUAUUCUGUCGGAAAGGCUG